GAGUAUGACAAAAUAACGUAAGCCUGGAGCAAGUGUUUACCGCGGAAAACGGAAUCGGGGAGCUAGUUAUUUAUUUGUCUUCAUUUUAAGUUACAGAAAAUGUCAGAAAAAGAGAAAACAAGCCCAAAUCUUCCUUGGGUGGAGAAAUACAGACCCAAUAAUUUGGAUGAUUUGAUUUCACAUCAGGAUAUUAUUUCAACAAUUAACAAGUUUGUGUCACAGAAUCGACUUCCACAUUUACUUUUUUAUGGUCCACCGGGUACAGGAAAAACCAGCACAAUUCUUGCUGUGGCUAAACAGAUGUAUACCCCUGCUGAGUUCCAUUCUAUGGUUCUUGAGUUAAAUGCAUCAGAUGACAGAGGCAUUGGAAUCGUUCGGGGACAGAUCCUCAGUUUUGCCAGCACACGAACAAUUUUCAAGAAAGGUUUCAAACUUGUGAUCCUAGAUGAAGCUGAUGCUAUGACACGGGAUGCACAGAAUUCACUUAGGAGAGUGAUUGAGAAGUUCACAGAUAAUGUUCGGUUCUGUAUCAUCUGUAAUUACCUGUCUAAGAUCAUACCUGCCUUACAGUCGAGAUGUACAAGAUUCAGGUUUGCUCCUCUCUCCACUGAUCAGAUGGUUCCUAGGUUAGAACAUGUUAUCAGAGAAGAAGGGGUUAACAUUACACCAGAUGGCAAGAAAGCAGUGGUCACACUGGCAAAUGGUGACAUGAGAAAAUCACUAAAUAUACUACAGAGUUGCUUCAUGGCUUAUGAUGAAAUAAGUGAAGACUGUGUGUAUAUGUGUGUGGGACAUCCACUUCGGAAAGACAUUGAAAAUAUAAUGUACUGGAUAUUAAAUGAAAACUUUACUACAGCAUAUAACAAUCUGAUGAAUUUAAAAACAGCCAAAGGGUUAGCACUACAAGAUAUUUUAACAGAAGUACAUGAGUAUGUUCACAAAGUGGAUUUACCAAUGCAUGUUAGACUACAUCUCCUAGAGAAAAUGGCUGAAAUAGAGUUCAGAUUGGCUUCUGGGACAAAUGAGAAGAUCCAGUUGAGUUCACUGAUAGCUGCAUUUCAGGUUACCAGGGAUAUGAUCGUGGAGGAAGCUAAAUGAUAUAAUACAUAAACAUGAACGUUACAGGGGAAAAUCACUGCUCUGUGAAUAAAACUGCUGACCAGAACAUAGUGCAAAUUAUGGGCAUGAAGAAAUGUGAUACAGUUUCAAGAUUGAAAGUAGUACUAUAUUUCAUAAAUUAACUGAAAAACUAAUACCUGUUUUUGCAUAAAUACUGUUACUUGUAUGAAAAUCCUUGAUACAAGGUUAACUUAAUGGGAAAAAGCAGUUGAAAACAAUGACUUGAGCCAUUGCUUCAUGGCUUUACUUCUGUGCCAGUUAAACAUCAGGCUGUAACUGUUCUUGGUGAGUGGA